UAAACGAUGACAUUUGCUUCUCCACCGUUUUACCUGAUCUAAACACGUAGGACACACAUUACACAGUCCCAUUGAAUGACACAUAAACCUCUCUCUCUCUCAUCCAUGCAUGUGCCCCUCCCUCUCUCUCUCUUCACCUGUCUAUAAGUCAGCCAUCCAGACCACCACUUUCAGUGUACAUUGAUCAUCGAUCAUCACUCUCUCCAUCUCAAAAAAUGGCCGUCUCCAACGUCGCCUCCGUCCUUCUCCUGCUGUUGCUCUCGGCCACCACUAUGUCCACCGUCUUCUGUCGCCGUGAAAUGGAGCUGCUUCAGAUGGCCCAGACUCAAGUCCUUGAAGCUAAGACUUGGGUUGAGAUCAGUCGUCGUCAGAGUGGUGCCGCUAGCAAUUCGAUGCUUUCAUCAACGUCGGCGGUGGCUCCAGCGGAGCUGGGUGUGGCGCUCAGAGACUGUGCUAAGCUGUAUGAAGAGAGUGAGCACAGGCUGAAUCAGUUAGUGCUGUGGAAGGAGGAUCAGUAUCAGAAGCCUGGUUUCGACCGAGAAGAUGUUGUGACGUGGGUAAGUAGUGUAAUGAGUAAUCAUAGGACAUGUUUGGAAGGGUUGGAGGAGAAAGGGUACGUGGAAGCUGGUCAUCAGGGUUUGCAUAAAAACUUGACGACGUUGCUUGGAGAAGCUCUUCACUUGUUUGUGAAGAACAAGCCAAAAGCAAAAAUUUCAAGUUUGAAAAUUUUUUUCGAACUUGCAGAUGUAUCAGGGGAUGGAUUCUGGGGAAGAGACAUGACGAUUGAGAACAGAGCAGGUCCACAAGAUCACCAAGCGGUGGCGAUGAAAGUGAGCUCAGACCUUUCCGUCUUCUACAGAUGCAGCUUCAGAGGCUACCAAGACACACUCUACGUCCACUCCAAUCGUCAGUUCUACAGAGACUCCAUAAUUUCCGGCACCGUCGACUUCAUUUUCGGCGACGCCUCCGUUGUCUUUCAGAGCUGCGACAUCGUCCUCCGGCAACCAAUGUCUCACCAGCCCAACUUCAUCACAGCACAGGGACGGGACGACCCGAACGAACCCACCGGAAUUGUGAUCCAGAACUGUAGGGUUAGGGCGGCAGCGUCUGGCUCCGGCGGAGCAGCAGCAGCGACGAAAAACUACCUGGGAAGGCCAUGGAAGAAGUACUCGAGGACGGUUUUCAUGAAGAACGAUCUAGAUGGUUGCAUUGAUCCUAAAGGUUGGAGUGGAGAGUGGAGUGGUGGUUUUGCAUUAUCAACUUUAUAUUAUGCAGAGUACAUGAAUAAUGGUGCUGGUGCUUCUACUCAGAAUAGGGUGAAAUGGCCUGGCUUUCAUGUGAUCCGUGCUCCUUCGGAGGUUAGGCCGUUCUCCGUCGACGAGUUUCUGCUCGGAAGCCGGUGGAUUCCGGCCACCGGAGUGCCCUUCUCAGCCGGUGUGUUUAAAAUUUAUAUGUAGAAGUCCUGUAGAACUUGAAGAUGACGCCCGGUUAAUUACUUAAAUUAGGUAUUAUUGUAUUCUAUUAACUAGUUCCUGUUUUUGCCUAUUUGGAUAUAUCCUAAAGUGUGUGAUUCUAGGACAAUAUUAUAGCGUCCUAUUUGGGUACUUUUGUAUAAUUAAGUACUUCGGUCACGCUAGUAUUUUGGAUA